UGCUUGACGGCAAAUCUACCUCUAUUUGUUUGGUGAACCUGUUCUCUAAGGAUAAGAGAAUAUAAUUCCAUUAUCUCGGAUAACACAGCAGUGGUUAUUAUAUCAUUUUUAGUGGAACUAAUAAUAAACAACAAGUCUCUAAAAUAUUUCUUUCAAGAUUAUCCUACCGAAAAAGGUGCUGCACCUACCGGGGACACAAUGGGCUCGAUGUUCCGAAGCGAGGCGAUGGCUUUAUGCCAAAUGUUCAUACAACCAGAAGCAGCGUAUACCACGGUUUCCGAACUUGGUGAAAGUGGAACGGUACAAUUUCGUGAUACGAAUGGUCAAAUGACCGCCUCUCAACGAAAAUUCGUGCAAGAAGUCCGACGUUGCGAUGAAAUGGAACGCAAGUUGCGGUACAUCGAAUCGAAACUUCUCAAAGAGGAAGUAGCUAUCCCUGAGAUGACUGGCGAUAUUCCAAGAGCACCCAAUCCUCGCGAAAUGAUUGAUAUUGAGGCUCAUUUAGAGAAAGUUGAAAAUGAAAUUCUGGAACUAUCGCAGAACGAGAUAAAUCUGAAGUCGAAUUUCGUUGAACUAUCCGAAAUGCGAAAAGUCCUGGAAAUUACUCAAGGAUUUUUCUCUGAUGAUGAGAUGUUAGACGCAAGGCGGAGUAUUCCAAAUGAGCGUCUCAUCCCAACAGGGUCGAACGCGAAUGUGCCAUUGGGUCAACGAAAUAGCUUGGAAUUCGUUGCGGGCGUUAUUAAGCGUGAAAGAGUUUUCGCAUUUGAACGCAUGCUUUGGAGAAUAUCACGCGGCAAUGUUUUCCUAAAAACUGCGGAUAUCUCGGAGCCCACGAAAGACCCAGUAACUGGCCAUAUGGUCUUCAAAGUAGUUUUCGUUGCUUUCUUUCAAGGCGAUCAAUUGAAAGACAGAAUCAAGAAAAUUUGUACAGGAUUCCAUGCUUCUUUGUAUCCGUGCCCAAGUGCCCAUUCUGAACGAGAAGAGAUGAUUAAAGGUGUGAGUACACGAUUGGAAGAUUUGAAAAUCGUUCUGAAUCAAACGGACGAUCACUGCAGACGAGUGCUAGUAUCCAUAUCCAGAGAGCUUCCGAAAUGGAACAUAAUGGUCAAAAAGAUGAAAGCAAUUUACCACACCAUGAAUUUCUUCAAUAUGGACGUGAGUAAAAAAUGCAUGAUCGGAGAAUGUUGGGUGCCUGUAAACGACCUUCCGUCUGUGAAAACUGCUCUUGUUAAUGGCUCUGCGGAAGUUGGAAGUACAGUUCCAUCAUUUCUUAACAUUAUCAGUACAAGCGAACAGCCGCCGACUUUCAUACGUACCAACAAAUUCACGAGGGGCUUCCAGAACUUGAUCGAUUCCUACGGGGUGGCAACAUACAGAGAAGUUAAUCCUGGACUUUACACAAUCGUUACGUUUCCAUUCUUAUUCGGAGUCAUGUUUGGAGAUCUGGGACACGGAUUCAUCAUGUUCUUAUUUGCACUUGUGAUGGUCCUUAAAGAAAAGACCAUAGCCGCCCAGAAGAAGGGUGAAAUUGCAAGGAUAUUCUUUUCAGGCAGAUAUAUCAUUUUGUUGAUGGGGCUGUUCGCUAUGUAUACUGGCUUUCUCUACAACGAUUUAUUCUCAAUAUCAAUGAAUGUGUUCGGAUCGGGUUGGAGAGUGAAUCUCGAUAACGCCACCGUAAUGGGAAAUGCUCAACUGACUCUCAACCCGACAACAGACGCCCUCGUUAACAUCUACCCGAUGGGUAUAGAUCCAAUAUGGCAACUGGCUACGAAUAAGAUUAUCUUUUCGAAUUCGUUCAAAAUGAAAUUGUCUAUCAUUCUUGGUGUAAUCCACAUGGUAUUUGGCGUCUGCAUGAGCGUUGUUAACCACAUACAUUUCCGGAAACCUGCAUAUAUCGCCUUGGAAUUUCUACCACAAAUUAUAUUCUUGCUGCUGAUGUUUGGCUGGAUGAUGACACUCAUGAUCAUGAAAUGGAUUAUGUUUAACGCGAGAGUCGAUACUCCUCAAAAGUUUCGUGAAGGAUGCGCUCCUUCUAUUCUUAUUACGUUUAUCAACAUGGUCCUCUUCAAAGAAGAGACUCCACUACCCGGUUGUAAUACAUACAUAUUCGAAGGCCAGGAUAUACUGCAAAUAGUGUUCGUCAUCGCCUCUUUGGUAUGCAUACCAUGGCUUUUAUUUGGAAAACCAAUUUUCAAAAUAAUGACAAGAACUCGCCAUCAUGGGGAAAUUCUUGCCUUGCCUUCCACAGAUAUGACGGAGAGUACAGACCUCGAUUCACCUGAGGAUGCUCCAAAUGGUGAAGCUCCUUCACCCGUUCCCACGGAGCCGAUUGUUGCAAAUAAAGCCCAUCAUGAAGAGGAACCUUCCAGCGAAAUUUUCAUCCUACAAGCAAUUCACACAGUUGAAUAUGUUCUUAGUACAGUUUCACACACAGCUUCAUAUCUCCGAUUGUGGGCAUUGUCCUUAGCGCAUGCUGAGCUUUCGGAAGUACUCUGGGGACAAAUAUUAAGAAGAAUCUUAAAAAUACCUUCAUAUGUAGCAGUGCCCGCCAUAUUUUUAGCUUUUCUGGCUUGGUCAGGAUUAACUAUAAGCAUUAUGGUGUUGAUGGAAGGACUGUCGGCGUUUUUGCAUACUCUUCGGUUGCAUUGGGUCGAGUUCAUGAGCAAAUUCUACGCAGGAGAAGGUUAUCCAUUCAUGCCAUUCAGUUUUAAGGCAAUGCUGGAGUCCGACGAAGACGAAGAUGCCUAAAAUAAAUUUGUUGAAAUAAAAGCAAUAUUGUCUAUAAAGGAUA